CAAAAUCACAAAUCAUACCAAACUCUACCACAAGCGACAGAAAUGCUUUGUUCAAUGGACCACCGCUAUCAAGUUUCCGCAACAAUGAAGUGAGGACUGUCAUGUUGUACGGCAUACCAAUAGUAGCUUUAGUCAUCGAAGGUUACGAAAGGCUCUGUCUAGCCCAGAUUUCAAAUACUCUUCUCAAGAGCUUUAGCUACAACGAGAUCCACAACAGACGGGUAGCUCUUGGAAUAACCUGCGUUCAGUGUACACCUGUUCAACUGGAACUGCUUCGCCGAGCUGGUGCCAUGCCCGUGUCCUCCAGGAGAUGCGGACUCAUCACCAAACGUGAAGCUGAGAGGCUGUGCAAGAGUUUUCUGGCUGAUACCAAGCCUCCAAAGUUACCGGACAAUUUCGCCUUCGAUGUAGUCCACAACUGCGCUUGGGGGUGCAGAGGAUCUUUCGUACCUUCUCGCUACAACAGCUCCAGAGCGAAAUGCAUCAAGUGCACAUUCUGUGGCCUCUUCUUCUCUCCAAACAAAUUUAUUUUCCACUCUCACCGUCUACCAGACUCUAAGUACGUCCAACCAGACGCAGCCAACUUCAACUCGUGGAGGAGACACAUCAAAUUGGGUGGAUCUCCUCCAGAUGAAGUUGUCUACGCGUGGGAAGACGUCAAAGCGAUGUUCAAUGGCGGGUCCAGAAAGAGGAUCAUAAGUUGCCCAAGUGUCUCCAGGCACGGUGGUAGCGGGGAUGGAAGCAAGAGGCCGAGGCAUUCUUCAAGAACUGACUCUGUUCCUACUAGCACGGAACAGUCGGCUCACAGUAAACCACCUUACUUUCCGGUUGUUCCUCUACCGAACAAAGGCUUCUCUCUCGCACCUGCAGCAACACCAUUUGUUCCUCCGGCUGGACCUACACCCUUUGGACUUGCAACUGGAAAACCCUUGUCACCAGCUGACAUUAGACAAACUUUUGCAGAGUACAUGUGGUCUGGAAAACAGCCAUUCCCUCUUCCCUAUGGUGGGGUCCUAUGGCCCCGUCCUGGAGGUAUAGUUCCUGCAACUCCUGCUGUUGAAUUGAGAGAAGCUCGAAGUGUUCCAGAAUCUUCACUACCAUACAACAUUGCUGAUACAACUACAUUGGCAGAUUCAGGUCGACCCUUAUCGUCUGCCAGUGAAGGGACAUCCAUCUCAUUUCCCGAUCAUGAUAGUCCCGGAAGCCCCCUGAGAUCGACACCUGUCCACACGUCAGCAUUUCGCCCUGUGGGUCGCAGGUCGCCCCCAAGGAUCGACUCUGAUGCAGACACCACAACUGCUUACGGCGGCGGUCCCGAGCAACGGCGUCGUUGUGGAAGUUGCUGCGGCGGCAUGUCCUCCGACGACGAACACGAUGAAGUGGACGUUACGGACAUUAGCAACGACGGCGAUUCCGGAAACGGAAUUGCCGCUGCUCCACCCGCACUCGUCGCUGUUGAGGAGCUGACAACAGCGGCUGUACCUGAUACUAGUGUUGAGUGUGUAUCAAGCAGAAAAACGGACUCCGUAGGUGAUGCAGAUAGUCCAGACAGCAAGCAUGGUAAGACAUUUUAA